AUGUUUGUCUGGUGUCUCUUGGUUUUGGCUGUAGCCCCUGCGGCCUCUGCUCAGACCACGGAAGACAGAGCCAGAGAGUUUCUGAAGAAAUUCGAUGAGGAUGCGACCCGGCUUAUGUACCAGUACUCUCUGGCAUCAUGGGAGUACAACACAAACAUCACAACCGCCAACUCAGACAAACUGGCGGAACAGGGAGCUAUCUGGAGUGAAUUCUACAGCAGAGCCUCUAAUGAGUCCAGUGCUUUCCCGAUCGAUCAGAUGACUGAUCCAGAGAUCCAGCUUCAACUCAGACUACUCCUAGACAAAGGGUCAGGAGUCCUGUCUGCUGACAAGGCCCGUCAUCUAAGCAGGGUCUUGAAUGAGAUGAGUACUAUUUAUGGCACAGGAACUGUGUGUAAAAUUGACGACCCUUUCGACUGUCAGACUUUGGAACCAGGCCUGGAAGCGAUCAUGGCCAACAGCAGGGACUACUAUGAGCGACUGCAUGUCUGGGAAGGCUGGAGGGUGCAGGUGGGCAAACGGAUGAGGCCCCUCUAUGAGGACUACGUGGAGCUGAAGAAUGAAGUGGCCAGGCUCAAUGAUUAUAAAGACCACGGAGACUACUGGAGGGCUAAUUAUGAAACCAUAGAUGAGCCCAAAUACAGCUACAAUCGAGACGAACUGAUGACAGAUGUGAGACGCAUAUACCAUGAGAUCAUGCCUUUGUACAAGGAGCUCCACGCUUACGUGAGGGCCAAGCUGCAGAAAACAUAUCCAGGCUACAUCGCCUCUGAUGGAGGGCUUCCUGCACAUCUGCUUGGUGAUAUGUGGGGGAGGUUUUGGACCAACCUCUAUCCGUUAUCGGUUCCUUUCCCAGACAAGCCAGAUAUAGACGUGACCUCUGAAAUGAAGGCCCAGGGCUGGAAAGAAAGGCGGCUGUUCGAGGAAGCUGAGACAUUCUUUAUAUCUGUGGGAAUGUUCGCCAUGUUCAGUAACUUCUGGACAAACUCGAUGUUGGUGAAACCUGAUGAUGGGAGCAGUGUGGUGUGUCACGCUACAGCAUGGGACAUGGGCAACAGAGAGGACUUCAGGAUCAAAAUGUGCACCAAGGUGAACAUGGAUGAUUUCUUGACUGCCCAUCAUGAAAUGGGGCACAACCAGUACCAGAUGGCCUAUCGCCACCUGCCCUACCUGCUCAGGGACGGAGCCAACGAAGGCUUCCAUGAGGCGGUGGGGGAGAUCAUGUCCCUGUCGGCCGCGACGCCAUCCCACCUGCAGUCCCUGGGCCUUCUGCCCCCUGACUUCACAGAGGACACAGAGACGGAGAUUAACUUCCUGCUGAAACAGGCUCUCACCAUUGUGGCCACGCUGCCCUUCACAUACAUGCUGGAGGAGUGGAGAUGGCAAGUCUUCCAGGGCUCCAUCCCCAGAGAGCAGUGGAUGCUACGCUGGUGGGAGAUGAAGAGGGAGCUGGUGGGAGUGGUGGAGCCUCUACCCAGAGAUGAGACAUAUUGUGACCCAGCUGCUCUUUUCCAUGUGUCUGGAGAUUAUUCCUUCAUCAGAUACUUCACAAGGACCAUAUACCAGUUCCAGUUUCAGGAUGCACUCUGCAAGGAAGCUGGCCAUACUGGGCCCCUUUACAAAUGUGACAUCACAAACGCCACUAAAGCUGGAAUCAAACUCAGGCAGAUGCUGGAGCUAGGCCGCUCCAAGUCAUGGACGCGGGCCCUGGAGCAGGUGUCGGCUCACACCAGGAUGGAUGCCCAGCCUCUGCUUAACUACUUCAGCACUCUGUAUGACUGGCUGAGGGUUGAAAACCAGAAGACCAACAAUCAUCCAGGGUGGAAUGUAGCUCAUGAUCCAUACUCUGAGAAUGCCAUUAAAGUGAGACUGAGUCUAAAAGCUGCAAUGGGGGAAAAUGCAUACCCAUGGAAUGGCAAUGAGCUGUACCUCUUCAAAGCCUCCAUGGCUUAUGCUAUGAGACAGUACUACUUAGAGACCAAGGGUGAAGAGGCCAAUUUCAUGUCAGAGAAUAUCUACACUUACAAAGAAACACCCAGAAUCUCCUUUUAUUUUGUGGUGACGCACCCUACCAAUGCAAGCAGGAUACUUCCAAAAGCAGAAGUAGAAGCAGCUAUCUGGACGUCUAGGGGACGCAUCAACGGCGUCUUUCAGCUUAAUGAUGCCACGCUGGAGUUCGAGGGGCUGCGGGCCACGCUAGCCCCGCCCACUGAGCAGCCUGCGAACAUGUGGUUGGCUGUAUUUGGCGGGGUGAUGGGCGUGAUUGUCUGCGCAGGGGCUUACCUCGUCAUCACGGGAGCCAUGACCAGGAUGAGGAAGGCCAAGAAGCAAGAGGAACCUGAAAACCCAUAUGUUGAAGCGUAUGAAGGAACUUCAAACCAGGCUUUUGAAAAUGAUAGUACACAAACUGGAUUUUAA